AGAACAAAAAAACAAAGAACAAAAAAACAAAGAACAAAAAAACAAAGAACACAACAGCUGGGGAUACUGAUCUAUAUGAUCUACUCUAAAAUCAAGGCUUAAUUGCUAGAUUGCUAGCAUGACCAGAAGACAAAACAACUAAAAAUUAGAUGAUGCCAAUCUUUAAACAGUCUCUUUCCUCAUUUGUAUGAGAAAUUUCCUUGGUGUAGUGGAAAUGCUAAAGCAGUGAUGGAGCACCUGGUGGGAAGGCAAGGCCAGCCCAGGGAAGUUCAGCUGCAUGCAAUGUACCUGAGUGACAGGAAGGGCUGAAGCCAAGAUCCACCCCUUCUCAGACUUCAUUUAAGGGUUGGCAGUGGAGGUGAGGGUAUCUUGCUGGAGAUGCCUGCCUACCUGAUGCCCUCCGAAGGUAAGCAGUUUUUUUUAUCUUUGUUCCUGUAAUAGCUGCAUUUAGGCUUGUCCUUCUUUGCUGCAGCUAAAGACUUUGCCUCUCCACUAUUGCUGUAUGUUCCAUUACAUUAUAGUGUUACACUUGGUGUAACAAAAUUGUAACAAAUGAAGAUAACGGAUAUUGUAAGAAGAUAAAGAAACGUAGGUCUCUUGAGAGCCUCUUUACAACUGCAAAGGCUCAGAAAUUUCUAAUUUCAUUAACAGGCCUAUAAGGUAAGGCUGGCUGGCUGCCCAAUUCAACUUUGCCUUGUUGCUUCCCUUUUGGAUUGGGACUGUUCUGUCAUGCAUUAUUUCUAUAUUAGUAUGCACCCUCUGUUCUAUUAGCACCAUGUCUAUUCUUUUCCCCUUGGUACAAAAAUCGUAGCUGUCAGCAAUGACCCUUAAAUAAGUCAUGGGACUGUGAUUACUACCUCGCUUUCCUUGUUAUUUAGGACUCACAACACCCCUUACCCCACAAAGAGUUUUGUUUUUAGGUUAUUCUUUAAUUACCUUGAAACCUUUACUACACAGAGGUUGGGGGCAAGGGUAUGUACAGUGGAACAUAGUUACAGAUUUGUUGUGCCUCUUCCUAUCUGGAAUCCUUAAAGUGGAUUGGCAGGAGAAAAAAAAAAAGCAUAUAUGGCUGUAAUAUGUAGAAAUACAUUUCUAUUAAUAAGGAAUUAUUUACUGAGAUCCAUCUGCCCCUACUGUAGCACAUGAAUGCAAAAGGGUAUACAUGCCAUCAUGUAGAACUUGGGGGGGAAAAAAAAAAUCUUAAACAAACAACAACAAAACUGUAGUGCUUUAGAAGUCAUGGAAAGUAUGAUAACAAAUCAAUGGUGGAACUCAAAAAGCACUGCCAGUGGGCAGACCAGCUAUGCCUCUAGGAUAAGGGUAAGCUGUGUGUGUGCGUAGCAGUCAGCUGCUGAGUUUGAAGGCAGGAAAACAUUGCGGGGGGAGGGGGGAGGAGGAAGGGGAUAAUGGAAGCUGCUGCACCAAGAGCAAUUUUUCAGGUAAAAGUGUUUUAUAGAUAAAUGCUCUACACAGAAUCAUAUCUUUAAGAUGAAAAAAGACCUCACGAAGCACAAACCCCCUUUCCCACUAGCCCGAUCCCUUGGUGCUGCAUCUCCACAGUUAUGGAAUUUUUCCAGACUAUGACUGCCACUUCUCAGGAAGGCUGUUUCAACACCUGGCCACUCUUUCUGAGAAGACAUUUCUCCUAAUACCCAAGCUGUCUUGUUUCCCUGUAGGGUAGGAUUCUAAGGAAUACACACCACUUUCUCAGCACUUUGUUUUUUAUCUGCCUGAUUUGCUGAAAGACAGUCGAAGUGGUUUCUGAUCCAGCACUGUGCAAUCUACAUCUCUACCUCCUCCAAUUGCAGAAGACAGUGGGUGGAGUCAUCUGAAGUCUGGAAUCAUCAAUAUAUCAGAAGAAAGCAAUAAUUAAAAAGCUUUCCUAGGCCUCUGGCUCGUAACGGAUUAUCAGAAAUAAGAAUGGUCACGUGGCCACCGACCACUGUGCAGCACCUGUAGCUUCGUUGCAGAUGUGCUCCUGUUGCUUGUCGGGACGUACCAUUGCCUACCCCCUCGUCUUUCACGUCAUUCUCCGUUCCCGCAUCUACCUGCGCUCGCGGCGGCGGGCGAGACCGGCGCGCAGCACGACCGCCCUGACCCUACUGGGCGCGGUCACCUCACGGUCUAACAGCCGCCGCGCGUGCGAGAGGCGGCAGCCAAUGGGGCGAGCGGAAUGCAGCGCCGCCAAUCAGAGAGCAGGCGCGGCUGCAUUUGAACGCGGCGGUCGAGACGGUUGUCCGCCGGCGGUAUUCUGUCCCGUCUCGGUCUCCUGCCUGCGUAAGUACAGACCCAAGAACAGGAACAAGAUGGCAUCUAUGCUUCAAAACGUCAGGGCAACAAUGGACUGGCAGAGACACCUGCUUUUAGCUGACUUUGAGAAUGAGAGGCCUGUACCAGACAAAUUCAAGAGAAAAACAGCUUUCAGUUCUCUUAAUACUAUCUGCAUGUCUCUAAGAAAGCGAAUACCGUUAAAGCAAGUAGAGCUGAAUUUCCAUGAGACACCACUUUGGGAAAACAUGGAAGCAAGAAAGAAGAGCCAAGUGCUCCAAAGUAUUACAAGAACAGCAAGAAAUGCUUUUGGAACAGUGUCACAGAAAAUACAGAAGACUUGCCAAAGCCCAGGACAUUCGACUGUGACCUUUCCAGCUGAAGACAUCGGCAGCAGCUUUGCAACCAGUUUUUCCAAGAAAAGAACAGUACAAACACCUUGCCUUAGUAUGAACAGCAUUACUCCAGCAGCUAGUUCCAAAUGCACUCCAAGAUCCAGCAGAAGAUGCUUGCUAUGGCCAACAAGGUUGUCAGAACAUACAAAAUUGAGGGGUUUCCCAUCUUGGCGUGGUGAAGAUGCUGUCCCACUCUUGAGAUCAAGGAGAGCAUCAGCAGCACUGAAGAGCCUCUAUUCAUCACCUACUCCUGCCAGCAGAAGAAUAGAGGAGUUUGACUCUGAGUUGGAACUGGUCUCUUCAGGGAUUCACCAACUGGAGCAUCUCUUCUGGGCAUCUGAUGAUGAUACCGUACAAGGGGAGAGGCAGCAUGCAAUAUCAAACUACUGCUAUUCUAAUGGCACGAAGUUUGCAGCCUGUGCAUCAAUCUUGGGAACUUCCUCAGGCUGUCAGAAGGCAAGGAAAGAAACUCCAUUCAGCAGUUGGUGCCUGGACAGAGAUGGCUAUAAAUACCGUUAAUUUAUGAACAUACAUAAAGGAAAACUUCAUUUGAGAUAUGAGACUACACCUUAUACAUGAGACUACACCUUAUACUCUGCACAGAACUGUGUGCUUUAAAAACAAGUACAUUUUGUAAUACUUUUUGGCAGAGCAGUCUAAAACUACUCUUGCCCUGCUUUUGCUGUUCAAGUCAAAUGGAGAAAUAAAUUUGAACCACAGUGUACUAUCUA